CACACAUAUGCAUGCACUUCUGAUCUCAAACUAACAUUAUAAACUUACUAUAUAUAUAAAAAUUUUAUAUACUGGUCGUCGAUCAUAUCACAAAUAUGGUCAACAUAAUAGAAAGACUUCUGGGCUCUUUGGCUUCAGCAAUAGCCCGUUUUUGUUUCCUCGAUCAUCGUCGACAUGAAGAUAGUCACAAAAACUUUCAUAAUAAUCACACAAACUUCAACAUGCCCAAGAAGAGCCGCCGCCCACUCUCAUUACAGUUGUUGGUUCAGCAUAUCAGCAUAUAUAUCAAUACUUGUCCUCGUCAGUCACCAGUAAUAUUGUAACUGCCACAGUGACAUGCGCAUCAGGAAGGCAUUUUAAUUUGGGACGGUAGAACUCAAAGUAAGGAUGUGCUGCACUGGUUGUGAAAGGGUUGUCAAGGUUGCUAUAAAAAAACUCCGAGGGGUGGAUUCAAUAGAGAUAAACCUUGAGCUAGAGAAGGUAAAAGUGGUUGGAUAUGUUGAAAGGAAUAAAGUGCUGAAGGCGGUGAGGAGGGCUGGGAAGAGGGCAGAGUUCUGGCCGUACCCUAACCCACCACUCUACUUCACUUCCACCGACCACUACUUCAAGGACAUGACCACUGAGUACAGGAAGAGCUACAACUACCGCAGACAUGGCUAUAAUACCGGAGACAAGCAUGGAAUCCUCCUCACUACUCAGCGUGGAGAUGACAAAAUCAGCAACUUCUUUAACGAUGAUAAUGUCAAUUCAUGUUGUCUCAUGUAAACACCAUAUGUAUAUAUACAUGCGUCUAUAUAUUUAAUAAGGGAAAAUGGUCAAAUAGACCUUCGAACUUACAUAAAAGGUCAAAUAAGUCCUUAUAUAGUAGGCUCUGUCCGGCCGCCACCAUUUAGGGCGGUUCCUGGUAAAAAUUUUUGAUGAAUUUUUUUGAUCAUCUUAUUCAUUAAGUCUAGUUUACUCACACCAAAUUUCAGCUAAAAAUUCAACCGGGAAGACAUUCAAAUGAAUUCUUGAAGAUGACUGCGCAGUUAAAAGGGCAAUUAUCUUCAAGAAUUCAUUUGAAUGCCUUCCCGAUUGAAUUGUUAGUUGAAAUUUGGUACGAGUAAACUAGACUUAAUGAAUAAGAUGCUCAAAAAAAUUCAUCAAACAAUUCCACCGGGAAGUGCCCCAAAUGGCGACGGCCGGACAGAGCCUCAUAUAUAAGGGCUUAUUUGACAUUUUUAUGUAAGUUCGAUGAUCUAUUUGACCUUUUUCCCAUUUAAUAAUUUAAUGUUUAUAUUAGAUUAUCCCCGUGCAAUGUACAAGACAGAAUAUAUAUAAUCAAGUCAUAUAGAAUUUUGUUUAUAUCAACGAUGAACAAUAACAUCCGAGAUUGAUAAAAUUAUAGUGUAUAAAAUACUACGUAUAUGUUACCACUGUAUGUGUCUUACUAACAACAGCAACAUAUUUCAACAUUCGUCCAU